AAAGGAAUCCCAACUUUAGCAGAAAUAAACAUAUCCCAAAAGUCUUUGCGUCGAAUCGCGCAACGAGGAACGCCUGACAGAAACCUUCCUCGAAGUGCCAUGUGAUACAGAUUGACGCUGCAUUUUUAACAAUAUUUUACUUAAAUUCAACCGUAAUAAUACCCAAUGCCCGACGAAAUUGAACUUGUAGCGACUUUAGAAGGGCAUGAAGACAGAGUAUGGUCCAUUGCUUGGAACCCAGAGGGUACUGCAUUAGCAAGCUGUAGUGGAGACAAAACAAUCCGUAUUUGGGGAAAGGAAGGAAGUAAAUGGGUUUGCAAAACAAUAUUAGAAGAUGGACAUCAGAGAACCAUUAGAUCAAUUGUUUGGUCUCCCUGUGGUACAUAUCUGGCCUCUGCUAGCUUUGAUGCAACCACAUGUAUAUGGGACAGAAAAAGUGGAGAAUUUGAAUGCAAUGCGACACUCGAGGGUCAUGAAAAUGAGAUUAAGAGUAUUGACUGGUCAAAAUCUGGCUCAUUACUUGCUACGUGUGGUAGAGACAAGAGUGUAUGGAUAUGGGAUGUUCUAGAAGAUGAUGAAUAUGAAUGUGCAAGCGUUCUACAUACUCACACGCAAGAUGUCAAACGAAUUGUGUGGCAUCCAACAGAGGAGAUACUAGCAUCGUGUAGCUAUGACGACACUAUAAAACUGUAUAAAGACGACGACGAUGACUGGGCAUGUUUUGAUACUUUAGAAGGACACGAAUCAACUGUUUGGUCCAUAAGUUUUAAUACUAAAGGAGACAGACUUGUAUCCUGUAGCGAUGAUAAAACAUUGCGGAUAUGGCAGUCAUAUCCCCCUGGUAAUCAGGAAGGUGUUGUUACAACUGGUAGCGACCCCAAAAUGAAAUGCGUCUGUGUGCUGUCAGGAUACCAUAAUCGAACUAUAUAUGAUGUUGAUUGGUCCAAAGUGAAUGAGAUGAUCGCCACAGCUGCAGGCGAUGAUUGCAUACGCAUUUUCCAAGAGGAUAUGGAAAAGUCCGACCCAAAUCAACYGUCAUUCAAUGUAAUAGCUACAAAACAAAAGGCACACGAUCAAGACGUGAACUGCAUACGUUGGCAUCCUAAGGAACAGCAGAUGUUGGCAUCUUGUUCGGAUGACUGCACCGUCAAAAUAUGGAAACUACCUGACCAGUAGAUAGGCAAUGUGUACUGCAUGCUGAAAGGGUCAUCAUCAACCAGCAUCCAUUUCGAGCUUUGUUGUUGCUUUGAAACUGAAAAUACAUUUUAAUAGAAGCAAAAAUGUGCUCUUUGUUAUUCCUAUAUGCAAUUAUUAGAGUAAUUGUAAGGUUCGAUCUUAAAAUGACGGAUGGAAACGGCUUGUGAACCGGUGAUAUUUGUCACGUCAAAAUGGCAGAUUAUGUAGCAUGUGGGAAGCUGAAGCCACGACCGCUUUGUAUGACGGUUGGUGAUGGCCCUUUAAGUCAUUAUUGUUUUAUAUAGUCUGUGUUCAUGUGCAUCGUAUGGUGUUAUGUGUUAUUUUUUUCCGGUACCUUUUACAUUUGUCCUGACGAUUUCAUUGUACGUUUUUUUUCUUGUUGUGUUUGUUGUUUAUUCGUUUGUUUGUUGUCAGAUCAUUUGUUUAUUUCUUUAUGUUUUACUUUGUUGAUUGUUAUUUGGUAUUGUGUGAUUGCCUGAAUUAUUUUCCCCACAAAUCACUAUUCGAUCAGUAUUUAGAUAUUUGAUUUGUAUUCGAUAUAAGUCUAGAAGUUUUAAGGCAGGGAGUUCAAAACAAAAUCUACCCUGGCUUGCGACACGUGCAUUGUAAAAAAAAAACACAAAACAUCAAACACACGAGAAUAUCCGCCAUAAUAUUCGAAAGAAUAUGGCGGAAGAGAGAUAAAAACUGUUUUCACUGAAACUUCGGAACACGGCUUCUGUUGGCAAAUAAAAACAAGAAAAAACUUUGGGAAAGAGACCAAAAAAUGGAUUGUCCUUUUAAAAAAAAAAUUGGCAAAAACUUUUUUAAAUGAUGAAUAUAAAGAACUUUUUCUCUGAUAACUACUAAAUUGUGUAAUUUGGUUUUGAAAUUCAACAUAAAACUCUUAAAAGCGAGCCAUAUUAUUUGGACUUGUAGAAAUUCUUGUGUGAGGGGUCGAUGAUGUAAUCAAAAAACUUUAAUAUAACAGUGACUUUCAUUUAAGAUUCUAAUCUCAAGGUCAUCGGCGCUUCAUGCCGAGAAAUGCUCCCGUUGUUUUUUAAACUUUAAAGUAAAUAAGCGGCAAACGUUUGGCUUAUCUUGAUGAUAAAGCGAGAGAGUUUUAUCAGUUAUGUGUUGUUUUUGUUCUAAUAACGUUUGGACUCCGCGAAAUUGGCUUGCCAUAUGAUAAACACAUGUUAGUAACGAGGUAAUUAACCUCUCUAUACCCUCCACGGGAAUUUUUAUCAGAUCCUGUGCCCACCCCCCCCUAGGGGUGUGAUCUUAUUUUGGUAAAUAGUUUACCUUGGUCAUAAAAUAUACAAUAGCGAAUCAAAUGACUUGUCUGGAAGCUCUAAGCGAACGCAUAUCAAAGCAACCGUGUGCGCCUGAAAUUUUGCUCUCRACUUUUUGCUUGCGUUCGAAGGGUAACAACUAUUUUACUCCUACUCUUGACAUUUGACAGUGCGCUUUUAUUUUUCUUGUGGGAGUGGGGGAGACUGYCCCUACACCCUCGGAAAGACAGUGGAUAUGAUAUGUUCGUGAYAUGACCGAAUAUAGACUUCCAAAUUUAGCAUUUAUCGCAGUUAAAAACUUUCUACAAUAAAAUAAUCAGUUGACUUCUUUAACAUGAAAAAAGUGAAACUUCUGAAGACUUUCUGUGAGUUAUUAUCACAGAUUACUCACCGAAAACCGGGGAAAAGUCAAUCUCAAAAAUCAAUUAUGAUAAUAGUUAUAAGCAGAAGUCACGAAUUAUCAUCGUUUUAGACUAUUAUCAAACUUACUUUUCAAGUUUUAAUCGCUUCGCGUGGAAAUUAGUUGAUGGUACUUUAUCGUUCUUUUGUSUUCAACUGUUAAGGCGGCUGCAACUGAUAAAAAUGACACCCUACAAUGAACCCCCUACAGCCCCCUUAAUCUACAACCGAUCUUUUACUAUCCAAACGGAUACCCCGUGAGGCUUUUGAACGAAUUAAUCAACAUGAUUUUAAAAAGUAAGCACGCAACUGCAACCCCGACAGGUCCCUUCARUUUGGUCAAAUAAAUUGUUUUCAAGAAAAUAUGCAAGCAUGAAUUAUUAUUAGGCCUCAUAAAAUGCAUUUGUUUUCGGAUAAGGAAUUAUCAUUUGUUAAAUGGCUAUUAUAAUGUUUCAGUUUGAUAAAAGAAAAACUAAGAAAAAGACAUCGUUUUACUUUGAUAUGUGGUUACAAAAUUCAGCUUGCCUUUCAUUUUAUCAGUAAUUUAGAUAUUUUUUCACUAUUUUUUUCAAUUUACUGCAAAAUUACAGUGUUUUUUCGCGUUCCGUUGUCCAAGCGUUUUAUAAGUGUUUCUAACAAAACCGUGAAACCAAAUAUAUAUGUAUCCGUUUAUUAAGUAUAAUCUUACUUAUAUUUCACAUAAACAACAGAAAAUAAACAUGRAGAGAUUCAAACUAUUAAAUACUAUUUAAGUGUGUGUUUCUGCCAAAAUCACUAAGUUUCCAUCCAUUAUAUAUUCCAUUAUAUGUCUUUUCUUAGCGAUUUUGUAUUCCUCGUCGAAGGAAUUAAAAAAUAGCGUAAAGUCGCUCCGAAUUAAAACAAUGUGGACAAGACCCGUUUGUUUCUGUUGUGCCUAGUAAAAGUUUUUCACCGCCUUUCACUGCUUGUUUUUGAAUCAUUAGGAUCCGACUCUAAUUGAAACGUUAAAGGCG